CGAUUUCGAUGGCCGGGCUAUUGUCGAGUUCCAUUUCAACGUUGGUUUUUCGAUGGUGAAGAAAACGCGUCCGAUCGGGUGGCGAAUAUCUGCACCGUCGGAAUCGGCGCAGCGACGGGUAACGGACCCACAGAAAACGCGGCGCCACAGAACACCGGCGUUCAGUAUGGCCGCGCCGUCCGUACAGUGCGCGUGGUAACGUGAUAUGUGGACGGGAUUUUGCGCCGUGAUCGGACAUUUUUGCGAGAUAACCGCCGUCGAAUUAUCGCCCGUGUUAUCGCCCCGGUUUUCGUCGAUGAUGUGCGGGCGCGGGACCGCGGAAACGGAUCAUCCGAGCGCCUAAUCUCGCGGGUUUCAGUGAUGUGAUUAUCGGACAUCCAAGAUGGCCGACUCGUACUACCAGGGCGAUUACAUCAAACACCCGGUGAUCUACGAACUGUCCCACAAGUAUGGCUUACCGACGGACAACUUUAACGAGUCGCAGCUGCCGGGCAAGCUCGAGGAGCUCAAGGACAUCGUCCGACGCGAGAUACGGAAAGAGCUCAAGAUCAAGGAGGGGGCGGAGAAGUUGCGCGGCGUCUCCACCGAUCGGAAGUCGCUCAGCCACGUCGCCACCAUCGUGAAAAACUCGAAUUUCAAGCUGACGGAGCUGAAAAAUGAACUGAGCGAACUCGAGUCUCAGAUCAUACUCUCGCAGGGUCAGACGUCGCCGUCGGUCAAUGCGUUCUCGCCCACCAACGGAGAUUCUUUGCAUCGUUUGGGCGGGUCGCCGGCGAACGACAAAAUCAGCCCCAGCCACCAGAGUCGGAUCGAGAACCUGGAGAAACAGUUGAAUAUCGAGCUCAAGGUCAAACAGGGGGCGGAGAACAUGAUACAGAGCAUCACAGCGUCGCGCGACAAGAAGCUGCUGCUCGAGGCGCAGCAGAUGUUGCAGGACUCGAAGAAGAAGAUCGAGUAUUUGCGGAUGAAGAUCACCAAGAUGAAGCACGACAUCGACUCGAAAUCGAAGGGCGGAUCUACCCACGACCUCACCUUGAACGGGGAGUACGCGGGCGGCGUCCCCGGGCUGGACCUGCAGCCCGCCGUCGACGAGCGCAUCGAAGAGCUGAAGCACCGGCUCCGCGUGGAGGCGGCCGUCGUCGAAGGCGCCAAAAAUGUGAUAAAACUGCUCCAGAACGGCAACAAAGACAAGAGCGAUCGCAAGGCCUUGUCGGAGGCGCAGGAGAGUCUGAAGGCGAGCAGCAUGAAGCUGGACCUGCUGCGCAGAUCGCUCGAGAAGCGGAAAUCGGAGCUGCCGCCGGGCUCGCCGGUCGCGCAGCAACUGAAGGAGGAGCUGGCCAACGCGCAGACUUUUAGCCCGAUACCGGUCCACUACACGAGCCUGCAGCCCUUCAGGGUGCUAAGCGACAACGGCAAAAUGCACCGCUCCUCGUCCACCAUCAGCCGAUGCGCGGCGGUCACGGGUACGUUGGAAGUGAGGCUGAUGGGGUGCCAGGACCUGCUCGAGGACGUGCCCGGCCGGCCCAAGAAGGAAGCGGACGGCGGCUCGAGCCCGAUGGACCUGCGCUUCUUCAAGAAGGGCGUGACAGGGCGCAGCUCGUCGAAAAGCUACAGCGUUAAGGAGGACACUAGCGACGAGAUCAUGGCCGUGUUGAAGCUGGACAACAGCUCGGUGGCGCAGACCAGCUGGAGGCCGUGCUCGCAACAGGCGUGGGACCAGCGCUUCUCGAUCGAGCUGGACAAGUCGCGCGAGCUCGAGAUCGGCGUCUACUGGAGGGACUGGCGUUCACUGUGCGGCGUCAUCUUUCUCAAACUCGAGGAGUUCAUCGACGACGAGCGGGACGGGAUGGUGCUCCACCUGGAGCCGCAGGGGUUGCUGUUCGCCGAGAUCAAAUUCCUGAACCCGAUGAUCUCCAAAAGGCCGCGGCUGCAGCGUCAGAAGCGCAUCUUUAAGCAGGUGAUGCCGCGCGCGAAACAGAUGAACAUCAACAUCGUGACGUGGGGACGGUGGAUGAAACAGUCGAACCGGGUGCCGAGCCGGCAGAAUUUAAACGUCGGCGGCGCGACGGAGGCGACGCUCGACGACGCCCUCGCCGUCGAGGACAAGCCCGAGACGCCCGGCGAGGCGCCGGACUUGCAGGCCGAGGGACUCGGCGGCCAGCGGCCUCUGAGCCUCGGCGUCGCGGCGCCGAGUCCGCCGUCGCCGCCUACGACGGUGCCGCCCCCGAUCGCGAAGAAACGGAUGUCGAUCACGCCGCCACCCGUGCCGCCGCGUCUGGACCCGGAGAGCGUCGCGGUGCUGAAAGAGUUCGACUUUCUGGAGGAGCAGGAACGGGCGUUUAGGCCCUUCGUUAUACCCGCCGUCGCGGCGGCGGCGGCGGGCGUCGUCGUCGUCGACCCGCCGGUACUGCCUAGUCCCCAGCCGGUCGUGGAGUUUCCUGACGACGAGCCGUCCUUCGACGUGCCGGCGGCGGCGGCGGCGGUCGCGCGUAGACCGACGGCCCGCGAGCUCAGUUAUCGCGACAGCGCGUACGAGUCGCGACGCCAGUCGCAGACGCAGGCGGCGUCCAUGGGCGUCGACCACUUCCGGCUGAUCAGCGUGCUCGGUCGCGGCCAUUUCGGCAAAGUGAUCCUGUCGCAGUACAAGAACACGGGCGAGUACUUCGCGAUAAAGGCGCUGAAAAAGGGCGACAUCAUCUCCAGGGACGAGGUGGAAAGUUUGCUGUCCGAGAAGCGCAUCUUUGAGGUGGCCAACAGCGUGCGGCACCCGUUCCUCGUCAAUUUGUUCGCGUGUUUCCAAACGGACGCGCACGUUUGCUUCGUGAUGGAGUACGCUGCGGGCGGCGACCUGAUGAUGCACAUCCACGCGGACGUGUUCAGCGAGCCGAGGGCCGUUUUUUACGCCGCGUGCGUCGUCCUCGGCCUCCAGUACCUCCACGAGAACCAGAUCAUCUAUCGCGACCUCAAACUCGACAACCUGCUGCUCGACACCGAGGGUUACGUGAAAAUCGCCGACUUCGGCCUCUGCAAGGAGGGCAUGGGCUUCGGAGAUCGUACCGGCACCUUUUGCGGUACCCCCGAGUUCCUCGCGCCCGAAGUACUGACGGAGACGUCGUACACGCGGGCCGUCGAUUGGUGGGGACUCGGCGUGUUGAUAUUCGAGAUGCUGGUGGGCGAGUCGCCGUUCCCCGGCGACGAUGAGGAGGAGGUGUUCGACUCGAUCGUCAACGACGAAGUACGCUACCCGAGGUUCCUGUCGCUGGAAUCGAUCGCGAUCAUGCGCAGGCUGCUGCGCAAAAGCCCCGAUCGGCGGCUCGGUUCGAGCGAGCGCGACGCAGAAGACGUCAAGAAGCAGGCGUUCUUCCGUCACAUCCAGUGGGAGGAGCUGCUGCACAGGCGCGUGCCGCCUCCAUUCGUGCCUACCGUGCAAUCCAUGGAGGACGUGAGCAACUUCGACGAGGAGUUCACGUCGGAGAAGGCUCAGCUGACGCCCCCCAAGGAGCCGAGACCGCUGACCAACCAGGAUCAAAAUCUGUUCAGGGAUUUCACGUACAUGGCCGACUGGUGCUGACAUUAAGCGUAGUAUAGGUUAGGUCGGGACUCUUCUUCAUCGCCGCGUGGUACUGGCAGCUUGGGGACGGUGGUAUACGGAGUGUUUCGGAAUUCGGGGUGCGUUUUCGGCGGGAGACGUUCGUAUGAAAAUGGCGAGAUUUCUCGAAACGGGGCCUAAAAUACCGGUUGCAAUAAUAAAUCUUGACGGCCCGAAAGAUAAAGUGCCUACUUACGUAACUAUGCUCAUCAUUAUUACUAUUAUGAAUACGAUUAAUUAUCUUGUAUAUAGCGUUAAACUAACCUCUAGACUAGGGUAUGUGAUUAAUCCAUAUUUUUCGACGCUUUAAUAUACAUUUAAAUUAUUAUGUAAGUUUUAAUACGCAUUCGAUCCGUUCGGAUGGCGAGAUUUAAAGGUAACAUUUUAUUUAUACGUUUAGGAUACACAUCACCGAGUAUACAUUUUGUUAUCGAAAAAUAAAAUUGUAUUUAUCGAAAUUUGGUU